AUGGCCGAACCAACUUUUCCAGCUUCACUACUAGGACUUACGUCCUCUUCAAAAUUUUCUUCUUCUACAAGUCUCGAUGAGUCUUCAAAACCUAUUUCUUCAACAAGUUCACUUUGGCCUAAACUGGAAUACGUAGACGCUCCUCUUGAUCUCUGGGCACUAGAGUACUUAGAAAGCACACUGGCCGACCAGCUAACCUGUUCCAUCUGUCAGUGUAUAUUCGUGGAGCCUUACUCUACCAAAUGUGGACAUACCUUUUGCAAAAAAUGUCUGACCCAGGCACUGACCCCCACUGAAUCAUCUGAUUCAACCACAAAAUGUCCCUUUGACAGAAGCCCACUGAAAAAUAUCCCAGAAGAUAUAGGUCCAGCUCCAGUAAUCAUUUCAAAUCUUGCAAACGAGCUUGUGGCAUAUUGUCCAAACAAAUCGCGUGGGUGCACGCACACUUGCCAGCGGUGGCUUCUCGAUGCGCAUCUCCAGCAGGACUGUUUGCAUGCGAAGUUUAAAUGUCAAGGAACCAAAGACGAUGGCGAGCAGUGUCAUGAGCCAUUAGAAAAACGGUUUAUUUAUAACGCGCGAGAAAUUUCUGUACAGGACUAUAUUGACACUAAAGGUGCUUUAGCAACUCAAGAAGACUCCACAGAUACCCACGAAAAAAUCGAGAAAUUUGAUAUCAGCAAACUCACAGUGUACUGUCCUCACGAACCUAUGGAUUGUCCAAACGGUUGUGGACGCACAUUCCCACGGUACUCCUUUGAAGAGCAUUCCCAAUCCGAAUGCUACAAUACCGAAGCAUCAUGUCCUAUAUGUAACGCCAGACUCCUACGGAAAGACAUACCACAACACCUCAAGCUAUGUCCAGAUUAUGUUGUUCCAUGUGAUGCAGCUGACAUCGGGUGUGUGUGGGUGGGUAAACGCCACUUGUACAUGUCAGAACACCAACGACAAUGCAAGUUUAUGGCGUUUUCUCCCGCCCUAACAAAGCAAAACAAACGGAUUGAUCGACUGGAGCAAGAAAACAGAGUUCUUCGGUACAAGCUUGAUAAGGUUUUGUCCAGCCUGCCUGAAAAUAUCUCAUCAACUGUAGGUUUUGCUUUAACUUCUCGAGCAGGACAAACUUCUUCAUCAACUACAUCAACAACAUCAACACGGCGAACUGGUGUGCGAAGAAACUCAGAAAAUGGAAGCAUUUUUGACAACUUUAGAUUUACCGACUCGGAUUUAAUGCACAUGCUUAUGGAGGGUGAGCGGUUACGAGAAGAUGUUGACCGAUUAACUAGUCUUGUCGGUGAUAUGGAAAUGCGUCAUGGUGUGGCCAUUAUGCAAGAGAGUUUUAGAACAGGUGAAGAAAUUUCAGCUCUCCGUGGACUCGUGAAUAGUUUACGACAUCAAAUUCAUUUUUUACAAUCGGAACGAAGGUCACUUGCCUUUAGUAUGCAGCAGUUUCAGCAUCAACAAAUGUUUCAUCAACAUCAACAUCAACCCCACGCGACAACAAGUCCUGUCGAUUUUUCAACACACUCUUUGGCCUCUAGUAGCAGUUCUGAAAGCUUGCUACAAGACUCGCCCAGACGAUUAAGUGGUUAG